CGUCAUGUCCGAGUCUCCCCCCCCCACCCACCCUUAUGUUAUUUACUGCUGUAAGCUUUGCAUUAAUGCCACACAAUAAGUCCCUCUACAUUACCGUAGCUGAAUGCUAGUUUGUAGCGCUCGCGCAAAGCUUUCGACCGCGCUAAAGUGCACGCACGCGUCUCGCUUCGUUUCUCUCCCCUCCCAGAGGACACGGCCAUGGCGUACACGCAGGUAUUGAAAGCCCUGCUGCACCGCCAUCUACAACCACGUAAGCUCCCGCACUCGGGCUUCCUGGCGUACGCGCGCGGGCCGGUGUCGAGCGGCGGAGUCCACGCGCCUCCGUCCGUCUGCCAGUGGGCGGCCGGCUGGACGCUGACCCACGCGCGGACACCGAGGUGCUUUUCGCUCGACUCGAAAGCCAGAAAUCAAAGCAGCCCCAAAGAGAGAGACGGGUCGGUGUCCAGGUACCAGAGUGGCAGCCCGAAGCCUUCAGCCGCACAGAAAGUGAAAGAAGCUGGUCGAGACUUCACCUACCUGAUAGUUGUAAUCAUUGGACUCAGUGUGACAGGUGGAUUGUUAUAUGUGGUGUUCCAAGAGCUGUUUUCCUCCUCAAGUCCGAAUAAAGUCUAUGGGAAAGCCUUCAACAAAGUCCGGUUGGAUCCAGAGGUAGUUGGUGCAUUUGGGGAGCCAAUCAAGUGUUAUGGGGAGACUACCCGCCGAGGCAGGAGGCAGCAAGUCAGUCACCGGGAGUAUCUGAAGGAUGGACUGAAGCACAUGAGGCUUAACUUUUACAUCGAGGGCUCCGAGCCUGGUCGCAAAGGAACCGUACACUCUGAGUCAAUAGAGAAUCCUGAAACUGGAAAAUAUGAGUUCCGUUACAUAUAUGUGGAAGUAGAUACCUACCCAAGACGAACCAUCAUUGUGGAAGAUAACAUGAGGAAGAUAAUGGACGUGUCUCUUCACUGAAAACGCAUUGAGGAAAUUGUAAGAGAAUUUUUUUGUUCUAUUGGACUGAGGAUUUCACUUUAAUUUACUAUUAAAACUUGUAUUAAAGAUCAACAGUUUUGUCUUUAAUUUUAGAUUUUGUAAGAACAAAUAUUGUUGAAUUGCAAUAAAUCUCCUGUAGAUUUUU